AUGUGUAGUCACAAGGAGAGGGAUGGUCACAGAGGGGGGGUGUUGCCCAAGAGAAUAAUUCUGGUGCGUCACGGGGAGUCGCAGGGGAAUAACGACCCCGCAGCCUACGACACCACCCCGGACCAUAGGAUCCAGUUGACGCACCACGGCAUUGCUCAGGCGCGCCUCGCUGGGGCCCGCAUGCGCGGCCUCAUCUCCGGCGAUGACUCCCCCAAUUGGCGCGUCUACUUUUACGUCUCCCCCUACACCCGUACCCGAUCCACGCUCCGGGAGAUUGGUCGCUCUUUCUCCAAGAAGCGCGUCAUCGGGGUCAGGGAAGAGUGCCGCAUUCGCGAACAGGACUUCGGCAACUUCCAGGUGCAGGAUCGCAUGAACGUCAUCAAAGAAACUCGCCAACGCUUCGGUAGAUUCUUCUAUCGAUUUCCCGAAGGAGAAUCCGCCGCCGACGUCUUCGAUCGCGUUUCCAGUUUCCUUGAAUCUCUGUGGAGGGAUGUUGACAUGAACAGGCUUAACCACAAUCCUUCUGAUGAUCUGAAUUUGAUAAUUGUGUCACAUGGGCUGGCAUCUCGUGUUUUCAUGAUGAAGUGGUUCAAGUGGACGGUUGAACAGUUUGAGCUUCUGAGGAAUGUAGGUAACGGCGAGUUUCGCGUGAUACAGUUGGGGAGUGGAGGGGAGUACAGCUUGGCAGUUCAUCACACGGACGAAGAACUACUUGACUGGGGUCUCUCUCCGGAUAUGGUAGCUGAUCAGAAGUGUCGAGCCUGUGCCAACAAGGGUGAUGGGAUCGAUCGAAGUUGCUGGUACCUCGAUCCCUUUUUUGAUCAUCUUCCCGACUCUGAUGAUGAAAAUGUGGACAAACUUGAUGAGAUAAAUUCUUUGAGUGUGCAUUCAUAG